CAUUUCAUCACUAACACUUCAAAACUACUAUCACCAAAACAUUCAAGCUAGAGUUAUUGAAAUCAUCAAUAUGGCACCUUCAUUGGCAAAUGCUGCUAACAUUAAUGCUGAUCUUGAAACCACUCCUGAAAUUGUAGAGAAGUGGUUCCACGACCACAUUCAGCAUCAUGCAAAACCAAAGCUGACCAAGCUCCAUUUCUUUGUCCAUGACAAUGUUACAGCUGAUAAGCCAACGUCUCUUCUUGUUGCUCCAGCCAACACUAACAAUAUAUCAUCCAUUACGUUUGGUUCAACCUACGCUAUGGAUGCUCCGAUCACUGUGGAUUCAGAUCCAAGUUCCAAACUCAUCGGUCGAGCUCAAGGCACAUUUACUUUUGUGGGUCAAGCUGAACCUGUACUGUCUAUGGCUAUCAACUUGGUGUUCACGGAAGGAGAUUACAAGGGAAGUUCUCUGAGCAUUCUAGGGAAUAACCCCAUAUCUCAUGACUUUAGAGAAAUGUCAAUAUUGGGAGGUACCGGAGUAUUUCGCUUAGCUCGUGGGAUUGCUACCGUGGAUACUGUUACUGUUGACAUCGCAAAGCUGAAUGACAUUCUUGAGUACCAUGCCAUCGUUCAACAUUACUGA